GGCCACGGCCCAGGCCCGGGAGCAGCAGGACUCGGGCAGGAGCGUGGUCGGACCCUCCAACCCGCCGAGGGCCCCCCAGAGGACACGGCAGAGUCACCGUGGCAUCCUGGAGACCUGGAUACCUGGUCCCUGAAGUGACCCCUAGCGUCCAGUCCCACAUCCGCCACCAUUCCGUGCUGCGGGGAUACCAUGGCUCCAGAAGAGGACGCUGGAGGGGAGGCCUUAGGGGGCAGUUUCUGGGAGGCUGGCAACUACAGACGCACGGUGCAGCGGGUGGAGGAUGGGCACCGGCUAUGUGGGGACUUGGUCAGCUGUUUCCAGGAGCGUGCCCGCAUUGAGAAGGCCUACGCCCAGCAGCUGGCUGACUGGGCCCGAAAGUGGAGGGGUGCCGUGGAGAAGGGCCCCCAGUAUGGCACCUUGGAGAAGGCCUGGCAUGCGUUCUUCACCGCGGCUGAGCGGCUCAGCGCGCUGCAUCUGGAGGUGCGGGACAAGCUGCAAGGCCAGGACAGUGAGCGUGUACGCUCCUGGCAGCGGGGUGCCUUCCACCGGCCCGUGCUGGGUGGCUUCCGUGAGAGCCGUGCUGCCGAGGACGGCUUCCGCAAGGCCCAGAAGCCCUGGCUGAAGAGGCUCAAGGAGGUUGAAACUUCCAAGAAGAGCUACCACGCAGCCAGGAAGGAUGAGAAGACGGCUCAGACCCGUGAGAGCCACGCCAAGGCCGACAGCAGCGUUUCCCAGGAGCAGCUGCGCAAGCUGCAGGAGCGGGUGGAGCGCUGCACCAAAGAGGCCGAGAAGACGAAAGCCCAGUACGAGCAGACGCUGGCAGAGCUGAAUCGCUACACACCACGCUACAUGGAGGACAUGGAACAGGCCUUCGAGAGCUGCCAGGCCGCCGAACGCCAGCGCCUUCUCUUCUUCAAGGAUACGCUGCUCACCUUACACCAGCACCUGGACCUCUCCAGCAGUGAGAAGUUCCAUGAACUUCACCGUGAUCUGCAUCAGGGGAUCGAGGCGGCCAGCGACGAGGAGGACCUACGCUGGUGGCGCAAUACCCAUGGACCGGGCAUGGCCAUGAACUGGCCACAGUUUGAGGAGUGGUCCUUGGACACACAGCGGACCAUCAGCCGCAAGGAGAAGGGCAGUCGCAGCCCUGAUGAAGUCACUCUCACCAGCAUCGUUCCCACAAGAGAUGGCACCGCACCCCCACCCCCCCAGACCCUGGGAUCCCCAGGCAGUGGGCAGGAGGAAGAAUGGUCAGAUGAGGACAGUCCCCGGAAAGCUGCCACUGGUGUGCGGGUGCGGGCACUGUAUGACUAUGCUGGCCAAGAAGCAGACGAGCUGAGUUUCCGUGCAGGGGAAGAGCUACUGAAGAUGAGCGAGGAGGACGAGCAGGGCUGGUGCCAGGGCCAGUUGCAGAGUGGCCGCAUCGGCCUAUACCCCGCCAACUACGUCGAGUGUGUGGGUGCCUGAGGGUCCCACAGAGCCCUUUGGUACACUGGGUCACAACCCAGCUGCUCAUGGACUGCCACACACAGAAAGCCCUGUCCCCUGAGGAGGGUAGCCUGCUCGGGACCUAGGACGGGGGAGGGUGUGUGGUUUGGGAAGGACCGUGGAGCCCAGGCUAAAGACGGGAGGUCCUGGUUGAUGGACGUGUUUCUGGGUGCCUGGCCUCUUCAAGGAGCU